CGCUUACGAAUGUCGCGCGAUCGACCGAUCCGUCCGCGAUCCACGACGACCAGCCACCACCGGCCGACGGAGGCGUCGCGAGCCGCCGCGCGUUACCAGCAGCGGACCGUCUAGGAGACGCCCGGUGCACCGGUCUGAUAUGCGACGCGGGGGACCGGAGGCGUUCCGCGUGUCGGAUAGACCCUGGACCCUCAUCUGCUCGACGGAGCACCGUUUCUGACCAGGUCCGGUCGUUAGUGGACGAGGUGACGAGUGUGUUGCUACCGGUGAUCGAACCGUUGGUGGACCGAUCGUGCCGUGCUCGGGACGUUGGACGGAGCGGCGCGCGUCCACGAUGUCGGGCGAGACCGAGAUCGAGGUGUCCGUGGUGUCGGAAGAGGAUCUCGAGCUGGAGGGGUCUAGGAGCAGCUCGACGCCGGCCGAGCUGCUGCUCCAAGAGAAGAACGGCAAGACCGGCUGCGGCCUGAACAAUCAUCACUCGUUCGGCUUCGACAUGGGCAAGCCGCCGCUGAGGCCGGCCUGCAAUCCCCAGUACACUUCGUUCAGCAUAUCGAGCAUCCUUGGCAGGCCCGAGUCGCCGCCCGUCGACUCGACGUCCACGGUUUCCGGCGAGAGGCAGUCGUCGGACGUCGACAGAGCCUCGCCGCCGACGCAGACUUCGCAGAGGAUCGGAUCCGCCUGCGACAGCCCGAACAGGGGAUUGUCCUCGCCCACGCCGUUGAGAUUCGCCGCGAACCAACGGAGCACCGCCGUGGGACACCCGAUCGAGACCAGGAACAGUUCGACGAGUAUCGGUAUCGGGUGUGCUACCAGUGCUACCAGCCCGGCGUCCACGUUCUCGCCGCCCAGCGACACCGCCGCCAACCCGCUCUUGGGACACCAAGCGUCGGCGGACUUGGCGAUGCUGUCGAGAUUAGGCCUGAUGUCGUCGCUGAUAGCGGGUCGCUACCCUGUCGGCAUCGGCGUCGGCGGCGUGUUCUUCCCGUCUACGUUGCAACACCUCCACCAGCAACAGCAGCACCAGCAUCACUCGCGGCUGGCGGCCGCGUCCUCCGCGUUGAGCAACGCGGUCCAGGUCACCGGCCAAUCGGACAUCGUCGACGCCGACGGCAUCCGCGGCGUCCUGCCCGGCGGCGCCGGUUGGCCGUUUCCAUGGAGGCCGACGCACGGCCUGCAGACGCUCGAGCAUCCGUCGCCCAGCGACGUCGUGGGCACCCUCAGCCGCGUCAGUCCCGCAUCCGCGAGCUUUCCGCAAAGGGAUGACCUGGACGACGAGACCGGCGAGGACCGGCUGCACCGGACGCGCAGCCCGUCGACGGGCGACGAGGGCCACGACGACCUAGGCGACCAGGACGACUGCGGCGACGGCGACGGCGAGGGCGAAUCGACGAACUCGACCGGCCUGCACGCGGGCAACGGCACGGGGAACGGCGCCGGCGGCGGCGGGGGCGGUGGAGGCGGGGGCGGCGGCGGUGGAGGACAGAACAGCGUGCAGGUCGGCGUGGACGGCCGCGACUCCGGCAGCAUGAAGCGCAAGAAGAAGACGCGGACGGUGUUCUCGCGGUCGCAGGUGUUCCAGCUGGAGAGCACGUUCGACAUG